AUGGGGAGGUCGCCGUGCUGCGAGAAGGCGCACACCAACAAGGGCGCCUGGACCAAGGAGGAGGACGACCGGCUCACCGCCUACAUCAAGGCGCACGGCGAGGGCUGCUGGCGCUCCCUGCCCAAGGCCGCGGGGCUGCUCCGCUGCGGCAAGAGCUGCCGCCUCCGCUGGAUCAACUACCUCCGCCCCGACCUCAAGCGCGGCAACUUCAGCGACGAGGAGGACGAGCUCAUCAUCAAGCUCCACAGCCUCCUGGGCAACAAAUGGUCCCUGAUAGCCGGGAGACUGCCGGGGAGGACGGACAACGAGAUCAAGAACUACUGGAACACGCACAUCAGGAGGAAGCUCACGAGCCGGGGGAUCGACCCGGUGACCCACCGGGCGAUCAACAGCGACCACGCCGCGUCCAACAUCACCAUAUCGUUUGAGGCGGCGCAGAGGGACGACAAGGGCGCCGUGUUCCGGCGAGACGCCGAGCCCACCAAGGUAGCGGCAGCGGCAGCGGCGAUCACCCACGUCGACCACCAUCACCGUAGCAACCCCCACCACCAGAUGGAGUGGGGCCAGGGGAAGCCGCUCAAGUGCCCGGACCUGAACCUGGACCUCUGCAUCAGCCCCCCGUCCCACGAGGACUCCAUGGUGGACACCAAGCCCGUGGUGAAGAGGGAGGCCGUCGUGGGCCUCUGCUUCAGCUGCAGCAUGGGGCUCCCCAGGAGCGCGGACUGCAAGUGCAGCAGCUUCAUGGGCCUCCGGACCGCCAUGCUCGACUUCAGAAGCAUCGAGAUGAAAUGA